AUGCGUAGUUGCUGUGAUGGUUUCCGAUUUGCGAAAUCUUGGCGCCAGAGCCUGGCAUUGUUUGGUCAAUUGGGGGCGCGUGUCGGUGGUGGGGACGCGUACUCUUGCUGCGAAGCCUUGCGCGCCUGCGUGUCCGGAGCGGCUUGGCAGAUGUCGCUGGAUUUCUAUCGCAGAAGCGAGCUCCGUCAGCUCAGCUGGAAGAGUCGGUCGAGUCGGCAACUGGCCACGAUCCUCGUUCUCCGGGCCUGCUCCUGGCCACGGCAGUGGCUGGCAAGCUCACGUCUCUUGCAGGACGUCGCCUUGCAGAGCUUGGAGCCGCAUGUAGGCAUGUACGAUGCCGCCAUCUUCAGCAGCUUGGGAAAACGAAGCCGCUGGCAAUGCGCAGGUGCGUUGUUGGAGGCGGCACAACUGGGUGGGCUAAGGCAAAAUCCUUUCAUGCUGCAGGCCACGAUCCGGGGAUGCCAAGCCAACAGGCAGUGGACAGUUUCACUGGAGCUGCUUCAGGAGUUUUUGGCCAACUCACUGGAAGCACAUGCCAAUCAUUACGCUGCAGCAUGUGGCAAGGCUCACUGGAGUUAUUGGACUUGGAGUCUGCAGCUCCUCGAAGACAUCUCACUGCGCAUGCUGCAGCGUCCGAGCAUGCUUCCAAACCGACUUCUCUCAAUCUCCCACACUUGGCACCAUGGCUUGACACUGGCUGAACACAAGCGAAGUAAUCCAGAUGAAGACGUGGAGCAAAAAGGAGGGCAGAGAUUUCCCGUGCCAUGGCGACCGAUGGUUUCCACGCUCCUCGGUUUGUCCGCCAAGGAGCGGACGAGCCGCCUGGCCCUCCUCAGCCGCCAGCGAAGAUGGACCCAGGCGCUGUGGGAGCUUUGGGAGCUCCAAGCACUGCACUCACUAGCGCCCUCCCGACUGGGCCCCGGCACCAUUGCGGUGAAUGCAGUUUUGACGGGGCUCACAACGGUCGCUUCAUGGCAGCGAGCUUUGUCGCUUCUUCAGUGCCUCAGCUCAGACAUCGGCCAUUUCGGCAAUGGCCCGGACAUCAUUUCCUGCAGCACUACCGUAACGGCUCUCGAGCGCGUAGCCCGGUGGCCCAGUGCAGUUGGCAUGCUACGGGAUUUCGCAAGUGCAUUGCUUCGGCCUGAUGUUGUGGCCUAUGGGGCCGGGAUCAGCGCCUGCAGCGUGUGCUAUCGCUGGAAGCACGUCGUGCAGAUGUUACGAGAAUUGAGUGAAGUGUCCUUCGAGCCGAACGCGGUGCUGUGCACCAGCUGCAUGGCAUCCUGUGCUUCCAGGAUGGCUUGCUCCAUGCUGGAAGCCUUUGAAGCCAAGAACUUCAGCGGUGGCGUGCCCAUGGCCAGCCCUUGGCUCGCACCCAGUGCUUGCCCGUGGGAGCUGACCCUGCGCAGCCUGUGGAAUCCCAUCCCUACAUCCGUGGGUUUUAAUGUGGCCGUCACGGGCUGUGCUCGCACUGCGAGGUGGGAGGCAGGAGUGAGUACCUUGGAGCUGAUGCAGCAUCUACGACUCAACGGAUCGCCUGUUGCUUUCAGUGCAGCUGUGGCUGCCUGUCAGAAGUAUGAGCACUGGGCCCAAGCACUGCAGUUGCUGCGCUCCGGGCGUCCGGGCGUUGGGAUGGAGACACCUUUGCAUGCGCUUGCAGCUGGUUUGGAUGUUGCUUCCUGGAACAAAGCUUUGGAGGUUUUCGAGGCGGUGAAGUGCCAUGGACUGCGGCUGGACUUGACGACUUGCAACAGCGCGCUCGAUGCGUUGUCCAGGCAUUGGCUACAGGCGACGAUCGUUGUCCAGGGCGCUGGAUGUCCUUACGGCGCAGUCAGCAGCUUUGUUGGAGGGGAUGGACGUGGUGGUGGUGCCUACAGUGCUCGUCAGCCCUUGCGGCUCUUCCGGGCAGAGCCAGAUGCGCCUGAGCUCACCUCGCCCGUUUGGGAGGAGAGCGCGCAGGUCAUCGUGGACAUCGUCGAAGGUAGCACCAAGGAAGAUGCCCUCGACUGGCUGCAAGCAGGCUUUGCCUGGACUCCCAAGAGCCGGCGCUUUUGGCGGAAGCUGCGGUCCCAGGAGAUCCCUGAGCCAGAGGCCGUGCGGAGCACUGCUCGCUGGCUAGAAGCGAAAGGCCUGGCGGAGAAAGCCUGGGUGCGGCGCUUCCCGGAGGUCCUUGGCCUCAGCGUGGAAGAACUGGAGGAGGGCAAAAACACAGCGCCCAGCUACCUGAAGACCGAAGCGACUUACAACAAGGCCAUCAAGUCCAACCCCACGCUGCUGGGCAAGAAUUACGACUGCCUUGAGGAGCAUGAGAGCUGCCAGGGGCGCUGCUCUCGGUGCUGGAAUACCUGA